AUGCCUAAGAAAAAAAAAUAUAAAGAUGUUAAUCGUCCUGAGUAUCAUAUUGUAAAUUAUCUCAGCUAUGAUGAUUAUAGUUCACGAAUGUUGACCUGUGAUCAUCCUGUGCCCCCGAAUCGGUAUGAUGAUAGAGUGGAGGCGCAUCUACAGUUUACUGGUUUUUAUCAUGCGUCCCAGAUUGGAAUAGUCCAAUGUCAGAAGGCGCUUGUGAAUGCUUUAGUGGAAAGGUGGCAUCCAGAUACACAUACCUUCCACCUUUCUGUUGGUGAAUGUGCUGUGACGCUAGAGGAUGUGGCCUUAAUUCUCGGUCUUCCCACGGACGGUUUUCCAGUCACAGGGAUGACUAUUAGUAGUUUUGAAGCCUUAGAGGCGGAGUGUCUGCAUCAAUUUGGGAUUGCACCAAGAAAGUUAGACUGUAGAGGGAGCUGCAUAAAACUGACAUGGCUUCGUGAUCUGAAAGAACGUUUACAUUUGACUGAUGAAAAUAGUAUACAGAGGUACGUGAAGUGCCAUAUUAUGUUGUUGAUCGGUACCAUAUUGUUUGGAGACAAGUCUGGGGCAUCUGUGCACUGGAAAUUUCUGCCAUUGCUAAGUGAUUUUGGCAGUAUCGGGCAAUACAGUUGGGGUUCGGCAUGCCUAGCCCACCUUUACAGGGCAUUAUGCAAGGCAUCUCGUUAUGACUAUAAGGAGAUCGAUGGUCCACCCACACUGUUGCUCGUUUGGGCUUUUAUCCGACUGCCAUAUCUAGCACCAAUUCCGAGGGAACCCCGUAGUUUUUCCCUUGCAAAUAGGUAG